CGCGCGCGCAGACACCCAGUAUAAAUGCCUCAGGUUGCCAUUCUCCCGCUCGCAGUGUGUGCUUGAUCGUUAGUGUGACCACAACCGUGCAAGGACUUACAAAGAUGUAUUCAAGGUGUUUAAUAGUACUUGCGGCCGUUGGCGUGGCGAUGGGCCAAGAAUCCUUCAAAUGCCCCGACGAUUUCGGCUUUUACCCUCACCACGUAUCAUGCGACAAAUACUGGAAGUGCGACAACGGUGUAGCCGAGCUGAAAACAUGCGGAAACGGUCUGGCCUUCGACGCCACCGACUCCAAGUACCUCACCGAGAACUGCGACUACCUCCACAAUGUUGAGUGCGGAGAGAGGACACAGCUUGAGCCCCCGAUCACCACACCCCACUGCCAGAGACUGUACGGUAUCUUCCCCGACGAGCAGAAGUGCGACGUGUUCUGGAACUGCUGGAACGGCGAGGCUUCUCGCUACCAGUGCAGCCCCGGACUCGCCUACGACAGGGAGGCCCGCGUGUGCAUGUGGGCUGACCAGGUCCCUGAGUGCAGGAACGAGGAGGUCGCGAACGGUUUCGCCUGCCCCUCCCCCGGUGAGGUCUCUAACGCCGGCUCCUUCAGCCGUCACGCUCACCCCGAAGACUGCCGCAAGUACUACAUCUGCCUCGAGGGCGUUGCCCGCGAGUACGGCUGCCCCAUCGGCACGGUGUUCAAGAUCGGCGAUGCCGACGGCACCGGCAACUGCGAGGACCCCGAGGAUGUUCCCGGAUGCGAGGACUAUUACGGAGAUGUGGACCUGAAAGCGCUGAAGAAACUGGGAUUCUGAAUGAUGAGAAGCGGCUCCAAAGACAGACUGAAAUUCAAUCUCUUCGACUUGUUAUGAUAUGCCUCUUCAGUUAGUUGACAGUUACUUAGUACUUAGGGCACUCAAGAUUUAUAGCUUCCAUUU